AGGAAAGGAUAAGGCACAGUCACAGAAGAUUAGCUAAUGCUUCAAGCAAAUCCAGUGUAAGUACUUGAAAUUAUAAAAAUAUGACAGUGAAUUUAUUAUCGCUAACAUAUUGGUCAAUAACCCCUCUCCCCGAUAAUUAUGAAUGAACACUGAUGAAGACUAAAUUAUAUCAUUUAUUAUUUUAUAGAAGCAAACAGCAUUAAAAUCAGGAAGACAUAAACCUCAUUUUGUUCCACCGCCUGCACGAACUUCUCCCGGUAGCAAGAAGACUAUUGCUUGGGAGGUGCGUUCACCUAAAUCAUCAACUAGGUUGCUAAGUAAAGAAAGUAGCGGUGCACCGGAUAGUGAUUUUUACUAUCCGGCCGGAUACUGUAUUUGUCGGAUAUCUGGAAAAAAUUCGGCCGGAUACCGGAUAUUUUAUCAACUUGAAUACUUGACAUAUAAUAUAUGUUUAUAAGGAUUUUUCUCAUUCAUGUAUUAGUGCAGAAGAAUUUAAGGUGACACUAUUUUAAAAAUUUUUGAGUAAAUAAUCAAUUAUGGUUAACUAAAAAUCUGUUUUUACUUUUUCCACCGUUCACGUGUUUCCGAAAACUUUCGAAAGUUUUUGGGCCCAUCGCCUUUGGUACGGCUUUUGGCGCCAAACGCUGCGAAGAGUUAAUUAAUUCAACUAAAUAUAUCAGUGGCUGUCAUAGUAUCAUUUUUAACAUGUCCUCUUUUGGGUGUCUCUUUUUUUUAGUAUUUUUUAUGUUUCAAUAAACGGAAAUUUAGUACACUUCGUGAGAAACAAAUUAUCCCGUAUCCGGCCGGAUAAUGGUAAAUAUUAGUACGAUUUCGGUCACUAUCCUGCCAGAUACUGUAUCCGGUGCACCCCUAAAAGAAAGCUGGCUACUAACGUCCCGACGAACUGUCUUUGUGAUGUGAUGUGACGUGAUGGCCUGAUUUCUGUUUCUUGUUAGGGUAACACUCACAGACUGGAGAUUGACACGAGUAAUUUGACAAGUACAAGACGUUCUCUUAGAGUUGAUGAUCUUGACACCUCCGAGGUACGAAACAAUUUACUUUAUAAAACACUCCGUUUGGAGAAUAGUUUGAUGGUUUUUCAAAAUAUUCUGUUGGCAUUGAUUUGCGUGAAUGUUAUAUUUAGGAAGAAGGGACGCGAGAUAAACUGAGAGUUUAUGAGAGAACAAUUGGCAACUUGAUGGACGAAAUAGGAACAUUACGACAUGAGGUAGGCUGAGAAAAAGAUAAAAAAAGUUAAAUAGUUUUUUGUUUGUCCUUAAAGGCCUAUGUACACGAUACGAUUCUUACCCUAGGGUAUGUACUCGAAUAAAUGCAUGUAAAAGAUGUCGCAUCUCAAUUUUCACCAUAAAAUGAUGAACAGGAAUAGUGGCGUUAACUAGCAGUUAUUUUCAUACGCCAGAAUGAUAGUCGUAUACAGAUACGACUAUAGUACUAUCGUGUCAAAAUGGGUCUUUAAUUUUUCCCUGCAAGAAUCUUUGAUUUUUCACCAGGUGGGUAUGCAUGACAGCACGAGGUCUGUGCAGAAAAAGAAAGAACAAUUGAAUGCCAGUAAACGACUGCUUGAAGAACAAGAGGAUGAAAUUAUGGUAAAUGUUGGUAUAUUUUGUGGAAUUUCUAUAUCAUGUGUAUAGAGAAUCGGUUUUUUUAUCCUGUUGUUGCUAUGUUCUGUCUUCAGGACAGUAUGAACUUGAAAUUCACUCCCGCAAUCUGACUUGUACACAUUUGAGAUCGUGUGUUGACGUUCAUUGGCUGUAUGAUUAAUGUGCUAUUUACUAUUGUAUUACAUGAAGUUUCAAAUAUACGAAGGUGUUGAUCUUAUGACGUAUAUAGCAGUCACGUGAUGUGUUUGGAUCUAACGUCUUUGAGCGGGAGAGAUUGUAAUGACGUGAAUGCAAAUACAAUACAAUUUAUUUAAAGUGAAACAAUUACACUUAGUCACACUUAGCUAAUUUACAGGUAAUUUGUGUUGUCUUCAUGUCAAUGCUUUGUAUGGUUCCAUGCCAACCUCGUUCCCAGGGUAUUUGCUCUUGGGAAGCAAAGACCCUGGUGGACGCUGGUCACGUGACCCAUAGAAAAUUGAUAGCCUCAGAGGGGGAUGGAAAGGUCUCAUAUUACAUGUUUCCACUUCCGCACUUCACACUUCGAUUGCAAGGAGUGGCCGUGCUGUACAAUAAUCUUUGAGAAUCAUAUAUUCUUCAAAAUUCUUGCUAAAUUGGUUUCUGUUUGCCGUUUUAAAUUAUACAAACAUGGUAAAAUGCAGAUUCUUGUACUAACAGACAAGUCAGCAAAUCAAGCAACGAAAACGUAUGACCGUAUGGUUUGAAAUAUUUGCGUUUUUAAUAUUCUCUCGGGGUUCGGGCGCAAUAUUUUCAUUUCAUACGUACGUUUCUGUCCUGGCUCUGCCUCUGGUUCAGAUAUUUACAAUAUUCUUAUAAUAUGCCAUUGAAUUGUUGUCAUAUAGAAAGGAAACGGUAUAAAUUUUGUAAAAUAGAGGUAUCAAAAGCGACUGACAAAAUUGUUUGGAAUCGACACUCGACAGUGCACUUUUUUGUCUUCACGACUACCUGUUUGUUGAGCCAAAAUAUUGCACAGAAUCUCCUAUAAUAAAUUAUAGCUAUCGCCAUUCACCCUCCCACCCUGAAUGCAAAGGAAUGAUAUCCGAAAAGAUUUAGCAAAGUAUUUGUUAUUAUAUCUGGUACGAAGUGUCCCUAUACGUUUUAUCAGGGAUAUAUAUUUAUAUAUACAUAAUUCAUAAACUGUAUAUGCGCACCAAGUCUCGCUCAUAGAAUUACUUAAUGAGUUUUAUUAAGCCUUUUAAAGUUUCUAUUGAUACUGAUAGAUAGAUAGGUUGUUUGCUUACAGUUACGAAGUAUCGUUUGGUGAAACUUCUAAAAUUUCAAUUACAGUUACGACACAGUAUAGGGGUAUAUACGAUAAAGAUUAAAGACUUAAAGUUGAUUUAAAUAUUGAUGACUCACAGCGGCAUUAUACAAGUCGAAAGAAGCUGGAUUUUAAGUUGGAUUAUUCUUCAAAUAAUGCCUGGGCAUUAAUACCAAUGCCAAUGAAAGGUCUUUAUAAGAUUUAUAAUGUUUACUGCAAUAUAUGAUAUAAUUUAGUCUAGUGCAUAUAUCGUCCUAGAUAUUCAAGUUGUACCGCACGCACCGAGGAGUCUUGGCGUGUGAUAACAGUAUACUGUAGCUGUACUUCGACAUAUAUCAUUCUUGAUCGUUGAGCUGUUUCAGCAAUGUAAAUAAAAGGAAUAACGGGUUUUAAUCCUGUGCUUACUGUAAUUCACAGUCAAAACAGCACUAUUGUUUUUAUAUACACAGUUGGCGAUGUUCAGUACUUCAGUUGGGAAAUCAAAGGAUCCCGUUAUAAAAUAAAUCCUUUGUUUUGAAUAUCGGACAGGAUACAUUUCAACUAUAAACAACCAUAUCAUAUCGUUCGUUUUAUAUAAAUACCGUUUGAUCGAUCAGUCGGUGUAGAAGAUAUCAGAUAUGUAUGUUUAUACGGCGAUCUGAUGCGUGCUCACUAGCCAGGCGCGUGUGGAGUAUAUUUUUCCUUGCAAGUGAAAUAUGAUCCAGCUUCUCGCUUGAAAUGUACCGCAGCACUUAUUAUUGAUGACAUUCAAUAUAGCAGGAAAUCUUGUCAUGAUGAGUACGAAUUUAGAACAGUAUAAAUCAUGUUUAUUAAUACAUGUAAAGUGAAGUAUACAGCACUAAUGCAUCUGGCGAAUGUCAACUACUACAUUCCCACCCCUCCCAGAUUGACAAAACAACGCUAAUUAAAAAUCUGCUAGAUUUUAGCAGAUCACGUGACCAGCGUCCACCAGGGUCUUUGCUUCCCAAGAGCAAAUACCCUGGGAACGAGGUUGGUUCCAUGCUUCAUGAUAGCUGUGAUUGGUUUAGGACAUGUAAAUUCCUGUUCUAGUCGAUCUGCUGCAAUGCCUCAAAGAACCGAACAUGUAUUUCAUGAAAAUGCCUCCAGUCUAGAUUUUUUUUGUUCUCUAGGUCCUACUCACAUUUAUAAACCUAUAAAUUCUAUGUUCCUAGCUGUGACCUCUGCUAUUUUCAUGGGUAGAACCAGAUUCGUUUUAAGAUGGCGUUUCAGAGACCAUGGUGUGGACCGCUUGUUCGAAGCCGAUUACCUUAACCCUGGGUUUAUCAAAAAUAGAAACCAAACUUCCCAACAGUUUGUUUAUAAAUGCCAGAACUCCCAUUUCAAAUGCCAGAACUCCCUUUUCAAAUGACAGAACUCCCAUUUCAAAUGCUAGAACUCCCAUUUCAAAUGCCAGAACUCCCAUUUCAAAUGCCAAGACUCCCUUUUCAUAUGCUGGACAGCGUGUCCACAGGCCUUGAAAAUCCUGGAAAGUCCUUGAAUUGGAAAAAAAUUCCAGGACCGGAAAGUCUUUGAAAAUCAGUAGAUCUAGAAGUCCUUGAAAGUCACUAAAGGGUGGACACCCUGAUUCGUUUAGUUUAAUAAUGAUAUAAAAUGCACUGUAGGAAUAUCGGGAGGAAUUACGAAGCACGUUGGAUGAAAAUAAAGAGUUGAAGUCCUCACUAGAAAGACUCCGAGGUCACGCAAAUAGAUCAAGGUACAAGAUUCAUUUCAUAAACUUAAGCUAAAGUCGGAAAUAUAGCAAGCAUUAUAGAUUAUGUACAAUGCAUGCCAAUGAUAUCACAGCAAACUCAUUUUAUACAAUCUGUUUUGUUCUGUGUAGGAUUCCUUACAGUUCUACUGAUAAAAUAUUUUAAACAAUCAGAAUUGAUAGUUCUAACUGUACAUUAAACAACAACGCUAAUAGACAUGAUUAAUUGAUUAUCUUAGAAAAGGUGUCUAAUGUCAGUCAAAUGCCACAACUCGGGACUCUUUAUUCAUUUCAUCAAGUGACCCAUGCAUAUUCUGAAAGAUUCGCAUAACUUAGAGCCUUAAACGGACACCGCAACCCUUUUGCCAUACAUAUUGAAAAUUUCGCCCCUCCACCCCCCACCCCUCCCUAAUAUUUCGUGAAUUUGUUGUAGUCAGAGCGUAUAAACAUACACUUUAUUAAUAUUAACAACAGUAUAAACAGUACAUGAACAAUAAACGAAAUAAUAUAGUUUUUCUUCCACGAAAUUAUCCUUUAACUAGCGGCCAUUGAGUCCAUCUGCUCCGUCUCUGCCUGUUCGCAGGUUGUGCUUCCCUAAAAUCCUACUACAAAUUGGCCGCCACUGAUUAAAAGGAUCAUAGACUCAAACAGUUGUGGAUUGAGAGAGAUACCAGUACCAGUACCCUUGUUUAUAGAUCGGAGGUGGAAAUUGUCGCUGAAGAACGCGAUGCAUUGGUGAGGAAACUUGUGGAAGCUGAGAUGGAUGCAAAAUCUACCAGUCAUAUGGUAUUAAAACUGAAGGAAACUGUUAAUAAGUUAAACGAAGUAGGUUUAUAACCUUAUAUAAUUAUAUAAUUGUCAUGAUUAGAAUAAGCCUUGUACAGCCGCAAGUUUAGUUUAAGCCAGAUACCUGGUAUUAUAUGUACAUUUUGAUCCUGUAUGUAUUUCCUCUUAAUUGUUGAUUUCCCCAUUACAUCAUGUGAACAUGUGUACUGCGUGAACAUGUCGCGCGAGAAAAUGACCUCAUAUUGACAAAUCAACCGCUAUUUUGGGUGGUAAAAUUAAUGGCGAAAUAGAGUACUAGUCUUACACCAGUUUAAAUUCGGUAAAGAAAGGCCUGUAUAUAUAUACAUUCUCAAACACAGGAACAAGUGCAUACUGCUUGACUUUGAUGGUUGUUGACACCCUGUUUGUUUUUAAGUUUAAAUAUUUGUCACCCAAAAUGGCUGGACCUCGACAAUCGCGUGACAUUUUGUGUUUUGUGACGUCAGUUGCAAGGGUAGUAAUUGUUGUUAUAAACUCGUAUAGGAUCGUCGCAUGUCAUCUGGUGAUGUUGUGAAUUUGAUCAGACAAAAGGAAAGUCUUCUAAGAAAGCUUGCAGAUUUUGAAGCCACAAACAAAGCUUUAAGAAAGCUUCUAAAAGAACAGAGUCAAUACGAGGUGUGUAAUUGUAUAAUGUGGUGAAGUUUUUAAAGGAUAAUAUAUUUUAAAAUAUUUUAAUUUUAGUGGGUUGUGGAUGUGGUUAUUUAAGAGUAAUAAGCUUCUUGUGUACAUGCGUAGAAAAGUACCACCAGUCAACUCUCUCUAUGUGUAUCUGAAGAAAGAGCUUAAGUCAUUUGGUCUAUGAGAAAAGUGAAUCCAAAAAGUGACAUCCAAAAUCUAUGAAGGUCGUGAACAUUAUUAGUACCAUUUUCCUAACGGACCAUAUCGCUAAUCAAGUUAUCAGUUCACAAAAUCAUAAUAUUUGUCUUUAAAUCGCAGUCAAAAUACGAAUUUUCAGCACACUCCUUGCAGCCUUGUGUAACCGCGCAGACAAAAACAAUAGAAAAGAAACCAGCACUGGACGUCAAUUUCCGCCAUCUUUGCAUUGCUUGACUUGUUGGACGCGAGUUCUUACCUGGCAGGCCUUAAAAUAUAUUUUACAGGGCCGUCUGACAAAAUGUCCGAUGACGUUGAGUUUGGGUCGGACAUAUGUCCGAUGACCUUCAGUUCAGUUUUGAUUGGAAAUAAUUCUGAAUGACACAAAUGAAUAUCAGCACUGAACGGUAAAUGUUGAUGAAGAUAAUUCUGAACGGUAAAUGUUGUGAAGAUAUUAAAUAAUUUGUUUCUUUCAUACUGAUAUAAUUCCAAGCCAAAAUUAACUUGCUUUCCAGAACAGCAGUAAAAGACUUGACAACUUAAGCUCGUUUUCCACUUCACCAUUUCGCUCGCCGCCCCGCGCUCGACUACGUUAAACAACAUUUACAGUUCACCUUUUAGACAAUAGUACUCUGAUUUUCCAUUUAACAUGCAAGCCUUUAGUCCUGGGCUAGGGUACAUUUUGAUUUACGAUGGACAAAGCUACAGUUCGGUCGGACACAAAUACACUUGGGUCGGACAAACAAUAAACCUCAGUUUCACUUAAGUCGGACAGAAUGUCCGGCAAUUUCACGAAUGGGUCGGACAAUGUCCGUGACCGACCGAUAUUUUAAGGCCUGACCUGGUUCUUACUCCAGAUAUACAGUAUAUGGAGUUCACUGCGCACCGAUCUGUUCCCGGUUUGUAGUGACAGGCGCAGGCAUGGUUGCGCUGCCAAGAUGUCAAGUUCAAUGUUGUUGCAGCAUUGGCCAGCUGUAACAAGCUUUAACAAUUAACAUUGGUGACAAGUUGUUCUUAGGAUUUAGAGAGGUACAACUACCUGAAAAAUACAAGCAGAACGUCUGCUUGACAACCUAUAAGGUACAAUAGUUGUAUCUCUUUCAAUUCGCAGUUCUCUUGUUAUCAUUGCUAGCUACACUGGCACAGACACUUGAAAAAAAAAGUGAAAUCCAUACUACGAAAUUUGCAAUUGCACCACUAAAUCCAUAGUAUAUCCAUACUAUUUCCAUACUAUGGAAAUAUACCAUUUUUAUGGAUAUCCAAAUUCCAUUCUAUUUCCAAUAAAGGUCCGUACAAUUUCCAUUCUAUGACCUUCUAUGGAUUUUCAAAUUUUUUUCCAGUGAGACUGACUAAUCAACUGAUUAAAUAAAUCAUCAUUCUUCUCGUAGAGUAAUGGAAAAAGACUAAUAGGACAACAAGAUGUCUUAUUACAACGACUGGCACAAACAAAUGAAGAAAACAAGGUACACUUCUCGCUUUUGCUGAACUUGUUCAAAUCAGUACAUUGCUAGAGGUCAAUUAUAUAUAAUUUUUGCAGUGAGAGGGUGGCUGGUUUUGAGGAGAAAAUCGUAGAAACAGAUACUUGUCAACUUCAAUCUAUACAUGCCAUCUCGCUUUCUUGCUUAGAAUCUAUUGUUCAAGUUAAACGAACGUGACAAAGAAGUCGAAGCUUUGUUGGCGCAAGUUAAGGCUGACAAG